AUGAUUCUCUCUUUAUGGAAACUUGAUGUAGAUGAUUUUUGGUUUUUUGGUUACGUUGACUUUCCUGAUGUUGAAUCUCUAGUGUGCGCCUUUGCAACAUUGGUGUACUUGGGUGCAUUGGAUCAACAUUGCAAGUUAACAAAUAUUGGUGAGUUUAUGAGUGUGUUUCCCUUGGAACCACAAAUGUCAAAGGUGCUAGCUGUUAGCCCUGACUUCAACUGUUCACAAGAGAUACUAUCAAUUUCUUCCAUGCUAUCAGGUUGGUCGAUUCAGCAGCAUCAUGGUCAUUGUACUACAAAUUAUCAAAAUAUUCUAAUAGUGAAGCAAAGGGUAUUGUUUGCAAGAUGGAGAGGUAUUGUUUGCAAGAUGGAGAGGUCUUGUAAUAGAUGGAGAUACCAUUAUGCUUCACAAGUUGUGUUUUCUAGAGUAUGGUAUUCAGCCUCUGAAGAUGAACGAGAAAGGAAAAUCCGCUUCUUUGAUUUCCAACUAAUUAGAGAGGAACCCGGUAAAAGCAAUAACGUGUGGAGGAGCAUCUAG